UAGCUUGGAUGACUGACUGCAGAGUCGGUCCAAGGAAGAUGAUUUUUAAUUACCUCUGUGUUAAAAGACUAGGAUUAGCUAUACUUGAGAACGCUUCAGCCAUCAUAAUAGAUACCCUGGAUCGUUAGUGUAAUCCUAAAAAAUGUUCUCAUCGGCAGAAGGGUGGAAAAAAAUUUCAGAUGUAGGAAGAGGUGCUUUUGGUUUUGUAAGCCUGCAUCAACAUCAAAGUGGUCGCCAUGUCGUAAUAAAACAAAUCCAGUUUGAAAAAGACUGCAAAAUAAAUACAGAUGCUGUGGCAAAUGAAGUUAAUGUUUUAGCCAAUCUUAAGCAUCCAAACAUCAUCGCAUUCUAUUCACAUUUCAUUGCAGCAGAUACCCUCAACAUCGUAAUGGAGCACGCUCCCCAUGGAAAUCUGAAUGAGUACCUAGCAAAACAGAAAACGCUCCUCUCCUCUGAUGAGGUGCUUCACUGGUUCUGCCAGCUUCUAAUGGCUGUGAAUUACCUACAUUCUCAAAAUAUUCUGCAUAGGGACAUCAAACCACAGAAUAUAUUGUUGUGUGGAGCAAAUGGCUCGAUUCUGAAAUUAAGUGAUUUUGGAAUUUCAAAAAUUCUGUCAAAUUCUUUUACAACGUCAGCUUUUGGCACGCCAGAGUAUAUGCCUCCAGAAACGUGUCAUGGACAUUACUAUCAUCAGAGCGAUAUAUGGUCCAUGGGCUGUGUUUUAUACAACCUUGUGACACUCAAACAUCCAUUCGAUGCAAGUAACAUAGCAGAUUUGAUGUCAGCUAUAAUGAGUGGUCAAUUUAAAGAGCCUAUUACCUGUCCAAUUUAUGGAGAUGCAUUGUGUGACAUUAUUAGAUCAAUGCUCCAACAUAAUUGGAAUCAUCGGCCCACAACCUCUGUCUUGAUAGCUCAUCCAUUGAUAGCGCAAAACCUGUAUCUAUUGCCACUCUGUCUAGGGGCUUCUUCUUUUCUGUAGGAGAAGUGCGAUUCAUUUUUAGGCCUGAACCUGUUACGUAUGGCUAUUUUAAAAAUUUUAAAUGUGAGGUAUAAUUUUUUUCAUGUGUAAUUUAAAAAAAAGAAAAAAAAAGUGUUUGUGCCAAAAAUAUUUCACAACUCUUGGAAGUUUGAUGUACGAGUACCUAAUUACUUUUUUAAGAUACUUGAGGGACAAAUUUGUAAUUAUAAAGUACUGUUAGAAUUUUUUAUCAUUUGAUAUUGCUUCAUGCUUUCAUACUGUUUGUACAUUUUUUCUAACUCUUCUUGAAAGAUAUACAACAAAAAUUAACAGUUCGUAGUAUACCCUGCCCCCUUUUUAACUUAUCAAAUUUUUACUAGUCUCCCAAUUUUUUUUCGAUGGAAAAAUUUUUAACACAUCUUUUAUCAUUGAUUCCUGACCGUGUUCUCUAUUAUCUGUUAAACCCAUUGUUAUUUCUAUACUAAUUUUAUGAUAAAUAAAGUCGGUCCCUCUCAUGUUUUUUCUCUCUCUACC